AUGGUCACUACAGUAUCACGUGCCGCAUAUAUCAAGAAGGGGCUCACCAAAAGUGCACCGGGGUCUCUCCGGAGAUCUACACUUUGUACUGUGUGCAACGGUAGCAAAACGAUUGCAUGCCAUCAAAAAGUCAAAGGUGCUGUCCCAGGAAAGUCACUAAGACUAGCCGAAGCAAAACGAGUGGAGAGUAAGGAAGUGACGGCUGCAAAGGUAACAGCCAACACCUAUGCCGAUGUGGUAAAGAAAACACCUCCAAGUAAACCAGCUCCACAAACUCCUCAAAUGCAACCAAAUGCUAUGAUUGUCAAACCUAAGCCGAAAACAGAAAAUCCGCGCACCGUCCAGGGUAUUCUGAGCAACAGCCUGCACCACAUCGAGAGUGAACUGCACAAAUUGCGGACAGAGUUAGCCUCGACCAAGGCUGUCNGGUAA